AUGGCUACUCUUGGAGAUAUAGGGCUAGCAGCAGCUAUAAACAUUUUGACUGCGUUUGUGUUCUUGGUGGCAUUUGCGAUACUGAGACUCCAGCCUCUGAAUGAUAGAGUAUAUUUUCCAAAAUGGUACCUUCGGGGACUGAGAGGGAGUCCUACUGCUCCUGGAGCAUUCGUAAGCAAGUUUGUGAAUUUGAACUUGAGAUCAUAUCUGAUCAACUUUCUCAAUUGGAUGCCAGCCGCACUCAGAAUGCCUGAAUCCGAGCUCAUUGACCAUGCAGGAUUGGAUUCUGUUGUUUACUUGCGGAUUUAUCUAUUAGGACUCAAAAUCUUUGUCCCUAUUACAAUCCUUGCUUGGCUUGUCUUGGUACCAGUAAAUUAUACAAAUGAAACGCUGCAGAUAGCCAAAGAGUUUGGGAAUGUAACAUACAGUGAUAUCGAUAAGCUAUCUAUUUCAAAUAUUCCUCCCAAAUCAAACAGAUUUUGGGCACAUAUAGUUAUGGCCUACGCAUUUUCCUUUUGGACAUGCUAUGUGUUGAGGAAGGAAUAUGAGAAAGUUGCAUCAAUGAGGUUGCACUUUCUUCAAACUGAAGGACGCCGCCCAGAUCAAUUCACAGUCCUUGUCAGGAACGUGCCACCAGAUCCCGAUGAAACAGUUGCCCAGUCUGUUGAACACUUUUUCUUGGUCAAUCAUCCGGAUCACUAUCUCACCAGUCAGCUUGUAUACAAUGCAAACAAACUUGCUAAUCUUGUUGAAGAGAAGAAGAACAAACAAAAUUGGCUUGAUUAUUAUCAAUUGAAAUACUUCAGAGAUCAGUCCAAAGCAAGACCUUUCCUAAAGACUGGUUUUCUGGGUCUCUGUGGGAACAAAGUCGAUGCAAUUGAUUUUCAGACGGCAGUAAUUGAAAGACUAUCCAAACAAAUAGGUGAAGAGAGAGAAAAUGUGAAAAAGAACUCAAAGUCAAUCAUGCCAGCUUCUUUUGUGUGUUUCAAAACUCGAUGGGCUGCAGCUGUUUGUGCUCAAACCCAGCAAUCGAGUGAUCCAACGAUUUGGUUGACAGAUUGGGCCCCAGAACCUCGAGAUAUUUACUGGAAAAAUCUUGCUAUUCCAUACGUUGAGCUGACCAUUCGGAAGCUUAUAGUUUCUGUUGCUUUCUUUUUCCUCACAUUCUUUUUUAUCAUCCCAAUUACCUUAGUACAAUCUCUAGCAAACAUUGAAAGCAUAGAGAAAGUGGUACCCUUCCUCAAGGCCGUUAUUGAAGUAGAUUUCAUAAAAUCCUUCAUACAAGGGUUUUUGCCUGGGAUUGCUCUGAAGAUUUUCCUGAUUGUUCUACCAACGAUACUGAUGUUGAUGUCUAAAUUUGAAGGCUUUAUAAGCAAAUCAAGUUUGGAAAGGAGAUCUGCAUCUAGAUAUUACCUUUUCAACUUUGUCAAUGUGUUUCUUGCCAGUGUUAUAACGGGAUCUGCGCUUCAGCAACUAAACUCGUUUAUUCAUCAGUCGCCAAAUCAGAUCCCAAAAACGAUAGGUGUGGCGGUUCCACAGAAAGCAACAUUCUUCAUAACGUAUAUAAUGGUGGAUGGGUGGGCAGGUACAGCUGGGGAGAUACUAAGGCUGAAACCGCUGGUAUUCUAUCACCUGAAAAACUUCUUUAUGGUGAAAACAGACAAGGAUAGGGAGGAAGCAAUGGAUCCUGGAAGCUUGGGUUUCAAUACUGGGGAGCCUCAAAUACAACUCUAUUUCUUACUGGGCCUUGUUUAUGCUCUUGUGACCCCUCUCCUGCUUCCUUUCAUACUCGUUUUCUUUGCCUUCACCUAUGUAGUCUUCCGACACCAGAUCAUAAAUGUGUACAACCAAGAGUACGAAAGUGGUGGUGCAUUUUGGCCAGAUGUGCAUGGACGCAUCAUAUAUGCAUUGAUUGGGUCACAACUGAUUCUGAUGGGGUUGUUAAGUACAAAAGAAGCCGCCCAGUCCACACCUUUCCUCCUGGCCCUUCCGGUCAUUACCAUAUAUUUUCAUAGAUUCUGUAAAGGGCGUUAUGAACCAGCAUUUGUCAAGUAUUCAUUACAGGAUGCCAUGAGAAAAGAUACACUGGAGCGGGCAAAAGUAGAUCCAACUCACAAUUUCGACCUUAAGAAGUAUCUUCUCAAUGCAUAUAUGCAUCCAAUUUUCAAAACAGAAGAUGGCGACGACGAUGAAGCAGAAGAACUGGAGAUGAGGCGGAAUCAAAAGAAGAGUGAUCAUCAUGUGAUAAUAGUCCCCACCAAGCGAGAGUUGCGGAGAAACACUCCUGUGCCCAGCAGGGCCAACACGGAUGAUGAUGAUGAUGAUAAUAAUAAUAAUAAUAAUAUGACUAGUAGUGCGGCAGCUGAUUAUAAUUCUUCCUCUUCAAUCAAAUGA